GCCUACAUCUUGAUCUUCAUGAGCAGGCUCCACUCGCUAUAGUUGGACUUUGUCAGCAUCGGCCUCGAUGUGCCCACACUGGAGUCCUUGUACACUGUCUGCUGGUGCUCCGGCGAUCGCAAGGGUGCGCGGCACUGCACUAGGCUCCGCGACUCCUUGGGCUGCUGAUCCAUCUCGUGGCAGUUGUGUUUGUCACUGCCUCCGCUGCUAUCGUUGCUUGCUUGGUUGCCUUGAUCGCCUACGCGGCUGCGGCCUCUACUGUGGCCAAACGCUGAGCCCGAUCGGUGUCCUGGCUAGGGUUGAUCACCACGCCUCUGUUGGUGUUGGCGGCGGCUGCUGCUCGCAGAGCACGCUCGCCGGAGGUAGACAUGGCCUUUGCUCUCUCCUAACCUGGGUCUAAUACCAAUUGUUUCUAAACAACUAGAACACAAGUGGAAUUUGGACUAUCAGAGGGCAGCUUGGCCAACAAGCUGCUUGGAUUGUAUUGAAAAUAGCAAGUGAUAACUUAGGAUACAAGAGGAUGAUAACCAUUGCAUAUAUAUGCAAGUAGUGUACCUACUCUCUAGCAUAUUCUAACUGCAUAAAGCAGAUGCUAUGAUGUCUACUUGGUUGCCAAGGCACCAUGAUCAACUUGGUUGCCAAGGAACCUAAAAAUUACUUGACAGUGAAUAGUAAAUAGCUAUAGUAGGUAACUAGAUACAUUUUGGGGGUUUAGCACUAGGCUAACACCCUCACUAAAUUCCAAUAACUAGAUACAUUUUUGGGGUUCAGUACUAGGCUAACACCCUUACUAAGUUCCAUUUGAUUAUGUCUGAUGAAAAGACAACCGUUUAACAAUUCGAUACCAACAAUGCACUUUGUGUGGUUAGAGGCAAGGUUGGGAAUUGUGAAUUGAAUGUUUACUAUUGGGUAUAACGAUUUUAUGCGCGAGCAACAAUAUAAGGAUGUAUAGCGGAUUUAUUCCCCAAAUUGUUCUUGUAGGAUUGCACUCACAUCAAUGGCACCUAAAAGUAGGUUUAGAUCCAUGGCCGGGAAAAGAAUUGAAAAACAAGUUAGAAAGGAUGCAACUAUGUUUUGUCCAUAUGCGAGCAAUGGAAGAGACCAUGGUGUUGCAAGUGGAGCUAAUCAUCGUGGUAAGCCCAACAUGGGUAGCAACAUCGGACACGAGAGAAACAUUUUGUCGAGUGAGAAAUUGGCUUCAUCGACAAUGAAUGCAAGUAAAACUAUCAAAAGAGAUAAUGUUGUAACUGAUGCAAAUCGGCGAGAUAACAAUGCCUCAUUGUUAGUUGGACAAUCCCCUAUCAAGGGCAGUAACACUAGACACAUGAACUCUUCUACAAUGAAUGUAAGUUUGGAUCCUUCACUAAGGAAUCCUCGCAAAAACAAUAGAAGAGAUGAUGGUGUUCCAUACCUUGCUUCACAACUAGAUAGACGAAGUCCUACAAAGGAUAAGAACAUCAAGUACAAUAACACAUCUGAGAUGCAUUCGAGUUUGGCAACAUUGUCAAGGACGGACAACAAAAGGAGUGUCGUAGUUGAAGCAAAUCGACAAGUCAAUAACACCUCGCGACCAAUCAAGCAAGAUCCUCCUAGAAAGAUUACCAACACCAAACGAGUACAUGCCAUCAUGCCAAAUGGAAAUUUGACUCCUUUGGCAAGAAGUUGUAGCAAAUCUUCUCAAAUGGUCACUCCUUUGUUGAACGAAAUGAGACAACCAACUACCUCAAGUUUUAAGAAUUCCGAUGGACUGGAUAGGUACAAUGAUGCCUUACCUUGUAGGUUAAAGAGGGAAGUAAGCCACCUUGUAGGUUAAAGAGGGAAGUAAGCCUUGAUAAUGGAGGAGGUUUUAUCAUCGAUAAGCAUAGUGAUAGGAAAUUGACAAUUAAAGCAACAGAAGAAGGAUCUACUAAGCUGAUGAAGAAACAAGGAACCACAGAAGCAAAAGGAGAUGAUACUAGUGGUAGAAGUCCUAUGGGUGAAAUCAAUGGAGACGCUUAUCCUUUUGGGGUCAAAGAUUAUAGUGAAAGGAAUCUAUCUUAUGGUCUGAUGAAGAGACAAAGAGGCAACACGGAAACAAAUGAAGAUGAAGCCAUUGAUAAUGGUGAUAUGAAUCUCAUGGUGGUUGAAGAUGGAGAUACACAAUUGGAGACCCAUGAUCGUAGACCGAUGAAUAAUAAGAAAAGAGGCAUACAAUCAAAUGAAGUUGGUGAUGGUGAAGCCAAUGGUAGCUUUGCUAAGAUAAAUUUGGAAUCAUUGCCAAAAGAUCAUGUGUCACUUGGAUUGUAGCAAUGAAGCUAUAAAAGCGGAGAAACUAACUCAUAGAAAGUUGAAGAAAUGGAGACAAGACAUCAUGAGAAAUGAAGAUGAAGAAUUACAUGUUGAUGGUGGUGAUCAUAGUCCUUUGGAUGCUGAUGGCGAUAGUUCGAGAUUUACAUCACAAGAUCCUAUUUCAAUAGAUUGUCUUGCUGAAGUGCCUGCGCCAUUUGUUUUGGAACAUGUCAAGCAGCAAUGCAACUAUUGCUCAAAGCCUAUUGAUAAACCUAUUUGGAGUGGAAUCUUUAAGGUAGACGGAGAGGAAUACAUAUCGUUGGCUGGACAUUUGUCAACUAAAUCAUGUGACAAAGUGUGGGAACUUUCAAGAUCAUUGGUGCCAAUUGUUGAAGUGACCAAGCUUUCCAGGUCAAUGUUCAAAAUAUGGGAGACAUCAAAACCCUCUUGUAACAGCAUUGGCUUGUAUUUCUUCCCUAACGAGAUGAGGCAUGAUGAAGAUCUGGAUAAACUAGUGAAGGAAGUCAUAGAGGAUGAUCUGGUCUUCCAGACUGUUAUUGGUGAAGCUGAGAUGCUGAUAUUUCCUUCUACUCUACUGCCUGAAAGAUAUAAGACUUUUCAAGGGAAACACUACCUGUGGGGUGUAUUCAGGCCAAGGCAAGAUCAAUGUGCUACAGUUACAGAGCCAGUACAUGAUACAGUGUGUCGUGCACAGGAGAACGAGAAGGAAGAGCAGCAUGCCUCAAAGCAACAAGAUGAGGUGCAGCAAGUUCACUGCAUGUCGCCUGCCAAGAGCAUGCAACAAGCUGCAGCUACUAGAGGUGUUCCAGGGUCCCCCGACAUGGACUUUCGACCUGAAGCUCCUGUUGAAAGACAACUGGGAGACGAAUUGCGUCACACUCUGCACAGUGCUGAAGCUACUGCAGUUGCUCCCAAUCCUCCCACCAUAACAACUGAAGCUGCUGCUCUUCCUACCAAUGCUGCCACCAUACCUGCUGAAGCUACUGAAAAUGAUACAAAUGCUGCCACCAUACCUGCUGAAGCUACUGAAAAUGAUACCAAUGCUGCUACCAUACCUGGAAAUCAGGGGCGGAGCAGCUCAAUGGUCGGGGAUCCCCCUGGCAGGUUUUUCUGUUUCGUUGCAGGACAGACUCCAAAACUCGAGCAGCUCAUUCAAGAGAUGCAGCGUGAAGGUUCGUUAGUAGUUGCUAUCCGAGGGGAGGAGAUUGGUGGUGGUCUAUGGCCCAGCAACAUCGCCUCCACUAAUAUAAGCAGGCCAUGAGCUGCUCGCCCGGAAACAGCUGACCAGCCAAAAGGUUUCAUGUCAGCCUGAGAGAGGGCUGCCUAGUUUCUGUUGCUGGUUUCCGGUGAAGCACUAGGAAAUGUGAUGACUUUUGCUGUGGAGUUAGGGAAACUUAGUGUACUUUAGCCCUCUAUCAGCUAUCUAUAUGCCUGCCCUUUAUCAGCCUUUGUAUGCUCAUGUGGAUGCCUAAGGGACGCCUGUUUGUAGGGUUUCUGUAUUCCUGCUAGUAGCCUAGUUUAAUGCAUGCUUCGUCCUGUAAAUAUUUUCUACCCUAAGUCAAUGGAUGUUUCAUCCUCAAGUAAUUUUAUCUAGUAUGGCGUACGGGUGCUCCUGCAUUCUGAUGAAUGCUUGUCGUUUCA